AUGGGGUACUACGAUGAGGAUGGAAACCCCCGCAUCUGCUACUUAGACACUGGUCGCAGGAGGUUAAACAUCUCCACAAAUAUGCGGCGCCACAGCUACCCACUGGAGGCGAGGAAGGCCGCAAAUGUCAUCUAUGUGUCUGGGCCUGCAGUUCAGCCUAGGUCCUGGUUCAGCUUGGCCUGGGUCAUAAUCUGGCUUCUCUUGGCUGGCCUUGUUGUGUCCUGUUUGGCAAUGACAAUGGCUACUGAUGGUGAGGUGCAGCAGCUGCAAAACCAGGUAAAACAUCGGCACCAGCUGAAGGAGGAGGUCGAUCAUUUGCGUGAGCAGCUUCAGCAACACAAGGCGAUGGUGAGAGCACCUUUAGCCAACUUUGCAUCGGUGCAUCACGGGGCUCGGGUGAUGACUGCUGAGACUUCCAAGACUCACAAGCAGAAAAACGGCCCGCCUUGGCUCAGCCCUCUUGGUCCAAACACUGUGAUCAAAGGUCAUAAUUACCCUUUGAUUCCUGGAAAGUGCUGGGCGUUCACAGGUCAGACUGGGAAGCUCUCCAUCACUCUACCCCAGGAGAUCCACAUCACCAAAGUGACUGUCGGACACAUUGUGAAGGAGCAGUCUAUCACAGGAACAAUUCAGUCGGCUCCAAACUCUUUCUCUGUGUACGGACUGAAGGACUUUGGACCAACAGAGAUCAAACUUGGAACGUUUCUCUACGACGCAGACGGGGACUCGUUCCAAACAUUUGACAUCCUGGAGCAACACAAGGGUGAGACUUUCCGGUCCGUGAGGUUAGAGAUUCACGAUAACCACGGGCACGAUGCAUUCACCUGUGUAUACAGCUUCAGGGUGCAUGGGGAAAUCCCUGAUUCCAGCACCACAACAUCCACACAGUCAACAUACAGCUGGUUUGGAAGGAUAGGACACCACUUCCACCAAUCAGCUAAAGCGUUGUAUAAUCUCAUGAGUUUCAGUCAGAGGUUACCGCCAAUGACUCAGGACGUACUCACAGAGCCAGAAAUGCCAGCAGAAACUGUCCCACACGUGACAGAGAUUUAA